AAACCCGCCAAUGUAACACGAAUAAAUGGAGGGAUCAGAGGUUUGAAAACAAAAGUAACAAGCAUAAUAUUAUAAAUUAUUCAAAACUCUUUCCUUCCCAUCGCCCACCUCCCUUAAUUAAAAUUAAUUCAAAGAUCACAAAACCUCCGGAUUCGGGCGUACACGUUUUAAGAGAUACUCGACUACUCGAAUAAUGAUAAUCCCAGCCAGCGAUGCUGGGGCGCGAAGUCAAGGACAACCUGGGACCUGGGGCGGAAGGGAGAGAACUGCACCAGGACCGAACACCUGGAGUAGUCUCCGUUCCGAACGUUUUCCAACCAACAACAACCCAGCCAGUCAAUAAUAUCAAGGACUGCGGAGAUAGCACGUCGUGCAUCAUGGCUUCCGCUGCUUCUAAUGAAUGCUUCUUCGAGGGCACAGAAAAGCUGUUGGAGGUCUGGUUUUCCUCGUCACAUCCUAAUGAUUCUUGUGACUUACGAAGGAUUGAAAGGAAAGAAUGGGAUGACCUUCUCAAGCUUGUCAAAUGUGAGGUCAUCAGCUUCAUGAGGGACGACAGCAUGGAUGCAUACGUCCUCAGUGAGAGCAGCAUGUUUGUGACCAAGGAUCGGUUCAUCCUGAAGACAUGCGGCACCACCACCCUGCUCAUGGCCGUAGACCGGCUGGUGGAGCUGGUGAAGCAGCGCUGUGGCUAUGACACUGUGGCCGACAUCUUUUACUCCAGAAAGAAUUUCACACGGCCAGAGCUGCAGCAUCAUCUGCACCAGUCCUUUGACAAAGAAGUGGAGCACUUGGAUAACAUGUUCAAAAAUGGAGCUGCCUACGUUCUGGGUCGUAUGAACAAGGACUGCUGGCACCUGUACACACUCGAGGAUGGAAAUGUGCACCAGUCCGAUCAGACUUUUGAACUCCUCAUGUGGGACAUGUGCCAGGAUAAGAUGAAGAUUUUCACCAAAGAGAUCAGCUCUGAUGGUAAAGACGCCACACAGAAAUCUGGAAUUGGGACAAUCAUCCCAGGACUGCAGAUUGACGACUUUCUGUUUGAGCCGUGUGGAUAUUCCAUGAAUGGAAUCCUUCCUGGAGGUUUCUACAUCACCAUCCACGUCACGCCAGAACCACACUGUAGUUAUGUGAGCUUUGAGAGCAACGUGCCACAGGAGUCGUACGAUGAUCUUAUCAAGAAAGUUCUGAACGUCUUCAAUCCUGGAAAGUUUCUGAUGACUGUGUUUGCCAACAAGGCGUCCAUUGCCCGAGACUCGCACAAGCACCUGGAGAAGCACGACGCCAUCGAAGGCUACCAGCGCAUGGACCACCAGUUCUGCAGCUUCAAGAACUACUUUCUCACCUACACGCAGUUCUCCCGCCCGGUUAUUUAGGAGACUGCGUGCAGGGGUCUCGCAGUGGGGCAUCGUUAUAACCAACAGCUUCCUGGGUCUGGACAUAGAGAUAGCAUCACCCCAAUUGUAUCCUCACCUCCCCCAUUAUUAUCGUCGUCGUUUUCAUCGUGUCAUCCCAACAAUGUCCAGGCCCCGGAGCUGCAGAUGCCCCAGGGACUUUUCUGCACACAGUGCGAACAGCUGCCCACAUUGGGCUGGAAGCGUAGUCGUCGUGUUUUUAAUAAGACUAAUCGUUCUGAAUUUGAUUUUCGCGUGUUUUUCCGUAUGAUAUCCCCCAAUGUGUACAAUGUAGCGUACUGUUGUCGUUCCCAGUGUCGGGUGUUUGCCUGGCGUUCUCGCAAGGGGAGGAAGAAGGUCAGUGUGAGGAAGGGGUACAUUCUCCGCAGACCAAAAUAACAUCGUUAACGGGGUUGCCGCUUUCCGUGGUGAAAUGUCAGUUCUUUGUCGAAAACCCCAGCUCGACACCCACCCGCCCGCCUCAAGCAUCGUCGCAGGAGGAAAAAAUGCUAAAAUGCUCCUUCCUGCCGAAGUCCCUGUUCAAUGUUUGCACCCUCAUCAAAGAUCGUACAUAACAAGAUAGUUCACUCGGCCAAAAAAGUGUCAGCGGAAGGAAGUCCGUGCAUUGCUUCAAAUGACUGCAGUCUUUGCUUUGAAGCUCUCUUUCGUUUCUCCAGAAGAAGAAUAGGAAUAGCACAGCUUGUUAGUUCAGCUUUUAUUGUUUUUCACACAAGUAGGACGUAACUCUGUUCCCAAAGUCAGCACUUUUUCUAAGAGGGCGCCACCGGAUUUUGAGGACACUUUUUUAGUUGGCUGAAAGAUAGGAGUGAACUAUCUUGUUAUGAACGAUCUUUACCCUCACCACACAGUGUGAAGUUCUUGUCGUGAGCAUGCAGACAGUGAGUGGGUCUCCCCCCCGACAAGUGCCGAGUGCGAGGAAAACGCUUCCCUUGCUUACAUAGGUAUUGCGGCCAAUGAAAUCAUUAGUUGCCCCUAUGCUUGAGAUAUGAUGAUGCAGAUUUUUGCAGUAAAUCUUUUCAUUUUUCAAGGUUGCUGCUUUGUCGUCCUCAUUCAAAAGUGCGUCUACCCUAGUGAGGAUAUGAAGAUUGUUUCCAAAUUUGAAAAAAAACAAACCAAAAAACCCCCAAACUGCCUUAUCUACAGUACUCUUUAAUAGGAGAAGGAUAUGUGUUUGCAAACUUGAGGAAGAAAGGUACACAUCUCAUGUCUUAAAUGCUUUUGGAUUGGAAAAGCCAUAUUAAAUUUCAUGCCAAUCUUCGUAAUGGUUUGGAGAAAAUUGGGACAAAGUCCACAUGAUUCACCCAGUCGUGGUCAUUGUAUUUACAGGAGGGUGGUUUCCACAGUUAUGACUCUUUUUCUUUGUAAAUUGUUUGAAGUGAUAAGCUGAUACAAAGAAAAUUGCAUUACAGUUUGUUUUCAAUCGUCUUGCACCAUUUUGAUGCUGUGCUCUAGUGAACUACUCGCUGCAAAAUUUUAAAAAAUGUUUUGACUUCCAUCAAACGAUGUAAUAACGAGAGUUAAAAAACAAAGUACACUAGCCUGUUCUCCCUGUUCUCAGGGUUCAGGGUUCAGGGUAUAUAACAACUGGCCGCCUAUGUGAGGAACUCACAAAGUAUAGUGCUAGACUGUUGCUUAUCCCUUACAGCCCCAGCCAUUUUUGUGCACUCCCUAACCCCAGUCCCAGACAAUACAGCAUUUCACAAAAGAGGCACGCAUUCUAAAAAGUGAUGUAGUAUCUUUGUAAUGAGGUAUAGAUAAUAACAUAGAACAAUGUUUAAAGGGAAAUGAACAAAUAUGAAAAUUAAAGUUUAAUUAGAGUGGCUAAUUUUGAAAAAUGCGCAAAUUCGGUACCCCUCGAAACUGAGAAUAUACGCUCUUGGGAAGGUGGGAGGUACAAGCGCUGCUGAAAAUUUACGCACCUGGGACUGGAAAGGUUAAGACUUUCACAUAUUUGAAAUUAUAUUUUAGGAUUCGUCUUUUUUUUUCUUCCUUCGAAUGCCUCAAUGAUGGCCAGUUUGUUUUGAAAUCUGAAUGAAAUAAAUGAUUUUGAAUUAAACUGAGAGAUUAUUGUAAAUGUGUUCAACAGUCGGCAGCCAAAGACUAGUUUGUCGUUGAAGCUACAUCUAAGCGGGGAUGCCACUUUUGCGGUAUUUUGAUCCUGAUCCGCUAUUCUGUUAUUGAGAUCGAGAUAGAAUCUAUUGUUGGAAAAAAACAACAACAACCCACAUCUAAGUACAUCUAAUCUAUUAUUCUUUAAAUGUUUGUCAUUUCUCUCUAUGUACACCCUUUGGGUAUCAAAUAUAUAUUCAUAUGUUAGCGAGACCGUGGCUCGUGGAUUUUCAGCUAUUUUCAAAAAAGCUGAAUGGCAUCCCUGAUCUAAGACCUGCCAUAUGUGAGGCUGCAUCUAGUUGUAGUAGUCGUUGGUAGUCUACUGGUUAGGCAGCCAGAUUUGUGAUCAUGAGUUUGUGGGUUCGUGGCUUUGAGGCUUAGCUCAGCCUGUCGUUGCGUCCUUGAGAAAGACACUUUACAUGAGUCUUCCUCACUUUACCCCCAGGUGUGAAUGGGAACCUGAUCAGAAACAACGAAAAGAUCUUGCCAGUAUGCCAGUGUUUUAGCGCCUGUAAAAUGGUAUGUUUCCAGGGAAGUUGAGAUUUUGUUUCAUCAUAAUUUUGUGGAAAACAUAAUUUAGUAUUGUAUAUUUCUAAGUCUGUUUGUAGUACCAAAAAGUUCAGUACCAUUUAUGCUGCAUUUGUACUCGCAGAAUGACCUCUGAUAUAGGGAGGAUCAUGUGGAUUUUCUCCCUGAUUCUGAACCUUGCCAUCAGGAUAUGGCUUCGUGUAUCUAAUCAGUAUUUCUGACAAACUUUGGAUUGGAAAUGAUUUGUUCAGUUUAUAUACUGUGGCAAUUUUUACACUUUUCAGUGUUGCAUUUUUUUCAAAAUAAUUUUAAAAAAAUUUGUUUUCCUCUUUCUGUCUCUGUCGGUCUGCUUUUCUCUCUCUUUCCUUUUGUUUCUGUGAAAUGUAUGGAGAUUGACACAUUGUGUGUGACAGUCUUGAAGCUACAGAGAAUCAAUGUCAACAUGCUUUCAGAUUUCUUUUUAGACCUUAAUUUUGCGUAAAAACCCGAUCUUGUGAAGUUAUCUUGAGUUGAAGGCCUCUUGGAUUUUAUUCUACAGUUGGAUCUAGUUAUAUUUCUAUGUCUUCUUUUUUUCAUGAAGCGAUUGAUUUAAAGCAAGACUAUAAGCAUAAAGGCAGGCGCUACUAAUGUACUGCUAUUGAAGAGAAAGUCGUAUUUCUAUCAUGCAGUGCAAAAGUAUAAAGAAAGGAUCACCAAGUUUUUAUCCUUUCACCCUUAUCGUUUUUUCAACAGCAUUAUAAUACAUUAUAUGAAUUAUUUUUCUAUUUAUAGAAUAUAGCACAUGCUAUCUUACCCUCAGAAGAAAUAUCAGUCUUGUGUUUUAUUCUCAUGUUUCUGUAUAAUUGUUCACGCCAUCUUGGACAGCUCUGUAUUUCCGAAGUAUGACGACGUUGGAUGAAAGGAAAGUGUGACAGGCUUUUCUUUUUUAAACAGUUUGAACUUCUCAUUCCUUUUACAUGUAAUGUUGAGUUAAAGGUGUGGUUGGACUGCAUAGCUUAUACGUUUCGCUUUUCUUUAUUCUGUUUAUUCCUGUCUAUUUCUCCCCCCCCCCCCCCUUUCUUCCCCGCAGCAUUAUAAAUGUUUGACCAUCUUUGUCUUGCUUUUCUUCCUUUCAAUUUUGUUCAGAGCAGUGACUGAAUGUUUUUAUUAGGGGCAUUUUUUUUGUUGUUUGUUCUGUUUUAUCAGACGGGCAUUAUAAUUCGUAUUCAAAAUUUUCUCUCUAGAUAGGCCUGCUUUAAAAAAAAAUAAUUUUCUUUCUACCCCCUUCCUCUGUCACGUGUGAGCUGUUGUGUGCUUUCUCAGUGGCUCUGGGUUUUUUUUAUUUAACCGCCGUAGCUUACAGUUGGAAUUGAUAGGAGUGUUGAUGUUAACUUGGAAAAAAGCCACAAGUUUCUUGUGCUUAACCUCUGCGAUUUGCACUCCUGUCCCCCACUGCCAUCUUGUAUUUCUGGUACUGGUCAUCAACAGAGAUCUCUUGCUCCCAUGUCAGUCUCUCCUGUUGUUCUCAAAUACAGACUGGGACAAAAAAAAUGUCCGUCCCAUAAACCGAAAGACCGUGUCAACAUGCUAUAGUGUUUAGGCUGUGGUUUUUUUUUACACUUUUGUUGGACUGGACCUAUCUCUGCAUUUAACAAGUGCAUGCUCUCCUUGCAAAGUGAAUCAGUUAACUUGCCAUGUUUUUUUACACUUUUGUUGGAUGUAUCCCAGCUUGUUGCAUGUGUUGCUCUUCCUGCUAAGUGAAUCGGUGAACUCUGACCCGCCCAAGUUGCUUGUCUAAGUGUGCCUGUGAACAGGGUUCCUGCGGCCUCUUUGAAUUCGUGGAGUCCUUAAACUCUUUUGACUUUGCAUUCAAGGAAAAUGUCCUUGAAAACUCCUUGAAUUUUGCCAGAUCAGACAUGAACAAAAUUUUUGUUGGAUUGUUCUUGGCGCGCCGUGGAAAAUGACAUGAAUUUCUGGACUAAGUGUCCUGAAUUUUACCAAUUUCUCCUUGAAAUCUCGUUGAAUUUGGUCGAGCGUUCCUGUGAAGCAGUCCACGGGCCAGUGUCGGAGCAGUGAGGGAAGACAACUUCCUGGGGUCAACUUUUGUGAGACCAUGAAGGAAAUGGACUUGUAAAUCCUGAUCCUGAGCAAGUAGUUGCACUCUCAAUAACUUUGAAUAGCUUUAUUAAUAUUUUCAGUAGUCAUAGACUAGUCAACGGACGGUAUGUUCAGUAGUAGUAGAUUUGACUUUAUUUGCUUUUGUCUUCCUUUAUAUUUCCCAACAUGCACAAUCCUGCUCCUACAGUUUUUUUUUACAUGCACAAUGGUAAAGCAUUAUUGGUUUUAUUAUUAUAUUAUAGAUCCUAACCUAUUAUUCUGGUGUUUAUUUGCUCUUCAACAUGAAGCCUUUUUAGGGCUUGUUUUUUUUUUAUUUUGUCGCUUUCAGUAACAUGAAGUAGCACUCUGGUACCCCGGCCCUUUUGAUAAUGCCGUUGAAAAACGCCCAUCAUGAGCUCGGUAAGGGUUAGAAGUACACUUAUGCAACUGCGUUGUGAGUCUAUGUUUUGUGGGGACUUCUGAAAGCUUUCUGUCCCGCUCUGUGGAAGUUUGACAUAAAUUCAGAGGCACUACUUAGUAGACAGCCUCUUUGCCCACUGUGUUGAUGUGGUUUAAUAUACCAGUAAGCUUUAGUCGGUGUUGUUAUAUUCUUAUUACAACCAUUCUAUUUACUGGAUUUAUCAUGAUGAAUCAGAUAUAUAUAUAUAUAUGUGUGGGUAAAUUGUGAUCGUGCUUCUGCAUUUAAUCUUAUUCACACAACACCUGAGGAGGCCUAUUCUGACAUAAUGGAUACAUUAUCAUUUUAGUCCUUUUUGACAAGAUUUUCGUUUUUGGUCUAUUUAUAAUCUAUGUAGGCAGUGCUGAGGUUGGGCCGUACGCAAUUAUAGAUAACAAUGUUGGUGGGGGUCCGUUAAAGUCUCAUCAAAAAAGCAGUUUGGGUAAAGUACUAUGAUACUAUGAUAAGGGGAAAAAACAAAUGUUGUCUGCAUUUAGUCAAGAUGUUAAUGUAACAAAUCUAGUACACCAAUAUAUUUUCUCCAUUUCUGUCCGUUGUAUUUUUCGUUGGCCUGUCUGCUGGUAAAUUACAUAGCUUUUUUAAAAUUUCAAGGUCCCACGAAUGAGUUGCUGUCUUCAAAGUACAUUGUAGUUUUCAAAAAUAAUGCCUGAGUGGUGAUGGUUUCAUUUAUCUGGAAAUAGGAAAAAGGAAUGAUAGAGAGUUGGGGAUGAUGGGUGGGAUGGGAGGGAGGGAGGUAAGU